CGCGCGGGGCCGGACCGCUUCCUGCCGCUGAGGAGGGGCCCGGCGGGGUGGGCUCGGCUCGGCUCGGCUCGGCUGCUGCGGGACCGCGGCUCGGCGGCGGCGGACUCCGCGCUCGGCGUCUUGAAGCAUAGGGUGAAGGUUUCUUUUCACGGUGCAUGGACGGAAAGCCAAUGCGCAGGUGUACCAGUACUCGACCAGGAGAGACCGGAAUGGAUGUGACUAGCCGUUGCACACUCGGAGAUCCUAAUAAACUGCCAGAAGGGGUGCCCCAGCCUGCUCGCAUGCCCUACAUCUCUGACAAGCACCCUCGACAAACUUUGGAAGUUAUCAACCUUCUCCGGAAGCACCGGGAGUUGUGCGAUGUGGUGCUAGUAGUCGGUGCAAAGAAGAUCUACGCCCACAGGGUGAUUCUGUCGGCCUGCAGCCCUUACUUCCGAGCCAUGUUCACUGGGGAGUUGGCAGAGUCUCGGCAGACAGAAGUAGUGAUCAGAGACAUCGACGAAAGGGCCAUGGAACUGCUGAUUGACUUUGCAUACACCUCUCAGAUCACUGUGGAAGAGGGAAAUGUCCAGACCUUGUUGCCAGCUGCUUGCCUUCUCCAGCUGGCUGAGAUCCAGGAGGCCUGCUGCGAGUUCCUUAAGAGGCAGUUGGACCCUUCCAAUUGCCUGGGCAUCCGAGCUUUUGCUGACACUCACUCCUGCCGUGAACUGCUGAGGAUUGCUGACAAGUUCACGCAGCAUAACUUCCAGGAGGUAAUGGAGAGUGAGGAGUUCAUGCUGCUUCCUGCCAAUCAGCUCAUAGACAUUAUAUCCAGUGAUGAGUUAAAUGUUCGCAGUGAAGAGCAGGUGUUCAAUGCAGUGAUGGCCUGGGUGAAAUAUAGCAUUCAAGAAAGAAGACCCCAGCUGCCACAGGUCCUGCAGCAUGUCCGUCUGCCACUGCUGAGUCCCAAGUUUCUUGUGGGUACAGUGGGUUCUGAUCCGCUUAUUAAGAGCGAUGAGGAAUGCCGGGAUCUAGUGGAUGAAGCUAAAAACUAUCUGCUGUUGCCCCAAGAGCGGCCACUGAUGCAGGGACCAAGAACUAGACCGCGCAAACCCAUCCGCUGUGGAGAAGUGCUCUUUGCAGUGGGGGGCUGGUGUAGCGGGGACGCAAUUUCCAGUGUCGAGCGCUAUGACCCUCAAACCAAUGAGUGGCGAAUGGUGGCUUCCAUGAGCAAAAGGCGCUGUGGCGUUGGAGUCAGUGUUCUGGAUGAUCUUCUCUAUGCUGUGGGAGGCCAUGAUGGUUCCUCUUAUCUUAACAGUGUAGAAAGGUAUGAUCCGAAGACCAAUCAGUGGAGCAGUGAUGUGGCCCCCACCAGCACCUGCAGGACCAGUGUUGGAGUAGCAGUUCUUGGAGGCUACCUCUAUGCCGUGGGUGGCCAGGAUGGUGUCUCUUGUCUCAACAUUGUGGAAAGGUAUGAUCCCAAAGAAAACAAAUGGACUCGAGUGGCUUCCAUGAGCACCAGGCGCUUGGGAGUUGCAGUGGCUGUGCUAGGGGGCUUCCUUUAUGCUGUGGGAGGCUCUGAUGGAACUUCUCCUCUCAAUACUGUGGAACGCUACAAUCCCCAGGAGAACCGCUGGCACACAAUUGCACCCAUGGGGACGAGGAGGAAGCACCUGGGCUGUGCGGUAUACCAAGACAUGAUAUAUGCUGUGGGAGGCAGAGAUGAUACAACAGAGCUCAGCAGUGCUGAGAGAUACAAUCCCCGAACCAACCAGUGGUCUCCUGUUGUGGCCAUGACAUCCCGCCGGAGUGGAGUUGGCCUUGCCGUGGUGAACGGACAGCUGAUGGCAGUGGGGGGUUUUGAUGGCACAACGUACUUGAAGACCAUUGAGGUGUUUGAUCCAGAUGCUAACACAUGGAGGUUGUAUGGUGGGAUGAACUAUCGGCGGCUGGGAGGAGGAGUAGGUGUUAUCAAAAUGACACACUGUGAAUCCCAUAUAUGGUAAGCAUCAAGAGGGAGGGAGACCCCUUGGUUGUCAUUCCUAGAAAAACUGAAGAGACUUAUUGACACUGGACCUCUUUGCAGCUUUAGUAUGCACGGUCUAGAUCUAAUGUUACUCUUUGCCGGUGACUCUUUCUAUGGAAUUAAAAAAUGACUUCUGUGAGAGUAUGCCCAAUGGGAGACCACGUUGUCAGACUCCAGGGAACCACUGGACAAAAGUAAAAGUGUUGCUUAUGUCCAUAUUUUUUCUAAAUAGUCUACAUUUUUGAAUAAACCAAACCGUAAAAGUUACUGUAGCGUAAACAAUGCUGAUGUAGAGACUACAUGCUAUACUGGGAGUCUGGCAAGGAGGAGGGUUUCCUUCUUUCCCUCCUGCUGUGUGAGCAGUGGAUGUGGCAGCUGUGUGGUGGGUGAAAGAGGAAGUGAUACAGAAAACAUUGCUUUUGCCUUAUUUACAGAGAGCUUCAAAAAAGUACUUGACCUGCAAGGUGCCACCUUUGCACAGAAGCUUUUCUGUGCACAGAGUAUAUUUAUUUUUUCAUUUAAUUUGUAUCAUGUAUUUUCUUUGAUCGCUCAUGGCGAUAAUUCCAGCUUUUUAUAUACAUAUAUAUGUGUGCAUAUAUAUAUGUAUUUUAUAUAUGUAUAUGUGUGUGUGCGAUUUGAGUUUUGACAAGCUGGUGGUUAGGGCAGGGCUAUGUCCUGCCAGCUAUUGUGGUUCCAACCCUUGUGGUAUGUUUUAGGGUCUGUUAGAGUGCAGGAGAGCUAUGAGAUUGGGUGACCUGAGUAUCUUUUCAGUCUUGCUGGAGGCAAGAAGUAGAACUGGAACUCUCAUCUAUCGACUGAAUCAGUGAAGUGCCCAAAAAGGGUGAGAGUGAAAAGGAUUUCAGAUGAUGCCUUUUUACUGUACAGUGUAUGGUACAAAAGUUUAGCUUUUGUCUCUCCCCUGUAUAUGAACCUAGAACCAACUAGUUGUUGCUUACUUAAAAAACCCUUUUCCUCAUGUUGCCUGCUAGAUAUCAGUUCUUGUCUGAAGCUGGGAUGCAGGUAUCAUCUGUUAAUUCCAACUAGCCUAGAUCAACACUCACUUCUCAGGUUCUUGCUAGCAUGGCAGACCUGCAGUCAGUUCCUGCUGAAAAAAAAUUAGACCAGCAUCAUCUUAGCUGCCCUCCUGCCUCUUGUCUGUGUCUUUAGAAUUCCUGUUGUAAAACACUGACCAUGAUGAGAUGGUGCCCUCCCUUUUAGUGAUUUCUAUGCACUUUGCCUGUGUUUAGAGCAGGGAAAGGUAUGAAGCUCAUUAAGGAGUUUGGAGGGGAGGGACUGCAUGCUGGCAGUGUGAGUAACUGUCAUGUUUCAGUGGCUGCAGAGGCACCUAGGGGUGGGGGGAGAGGAAGGAGGAACUCUAGACUCAAAGGUUCCGACAUGUUUGUACUGUAAUUUCUGUCUAGUAUGAAAGAAUGACCUUUUGCACCUGGUGCAACUUUAGACCUUACUAAGUCUGAUUUUAAAAGAGUAAGAGGACUGUAAAUUCUUGAGAUGAAGAAGGCAGUGCUGACACCUUAAGUUCUUUAACUUCAUAGUUUGAUUCAUGUAACUCAGAUUUUAAUGUGCUUGAAUAUAGUAAAAAUUACAAUACAGUAAUAAAUGGGUCAUUAAAACUUUUUUAAAAACCCCUUUUCCCCUAAAGGUUGGUAUUCUUGUGUUUACAUAUGAAGAUCAUUUGCACCUUUACAAGGAAAACAAGUAUUCUGUAAACAAAUGUUUACAUGUAUCAUUUAUGCUUUUUUCUAGCAUGAGUAACUUGUAUAAAUAGUGCUAUCUUAAUAAAUUUCUUCUAUGCUGUU